AUGACCACCAGCACGACAGAGGCGAGUCUGGCUGUGAGAGAUUUCGGAAACUACUCCCUUAGUGCCAUCAAUUCAACGCGUUAUAUACUUCCAACUUACCAGAACCACACUGUCCCCCAGCUCCGUUUAUCCAUUCAACUUGCAGGCUAUGGGCGCUAUUUCUAUGCCACAAAUUCAUCAGAGAGUGACGCGCUGGUCGCUGGCAACAGCGGGUGGGUGUUAGAACAGAUCAUGGGAUAUUGCUUCACGACCCCGGUGCCCGACCCGCUACCCUUCUAUCGCUUGCACAAUGAUCAGCUCUUCAACCAUUUUUAUUCCACGUCCGCUACAGAGGUGGCGACAGCAGAGAGUGACCAUGCAUAUGUGUUCGAAGGAGUUAUUUGCCACCCCCCUGUUGUAGCCUCUACAUCCACAUUACCUGUUUUGCGCUUGUACGCAAUGUGCAGCGCCGGCGAGGAUGCCCAUGCUCCGCACCUACCUCAUGGCUGGGCCUCGCGGUCCUUGUGGGCACAAACAGCGAUCCGGCACAAGACAGCACCACGACACUGCUCUGCUGCACCGCCUAACACCGAGCAACAUUCAAGCCACACUGGUGCAAUAGUCGGUGCAAUAGUUGGUGGGCUGGCCGCCAGCAUCAUAUUUGGAGCUUUGGGGUUUCUCAUUGGAAGACGAAAGCGACAAGUCCGAGUUCCUCCUUACACCCAGGCUCUGUUGACUGAUGGAUCAGUGAAAGAGAAGGAUACCAAGCCGUCACUAAACACCGAUUCGCCGGUCGAGUUAGAAAGCAGGGCGAUCCCUACCGAGAGACCGGUGGCGCUUCCUGACUCGUCUGGCAGCGUGGCACAGACAUAG